GAUCAACAUGGAGGACCUAAUUGCUGGCGUUAAAAAAGCCCUGCAAAACAACGAUUCUGCAGCAGCAGCUGUAAAAGUUCAAGAAUAUUUAGAAGAACAAGAAAAUAUUCCACUAAAUAUCGCCAUCACAGGAGAAUGUGGCUCAGGCAAAUCCACCUUUGUUAAUGCCUUCAGAGAGAUAGAUGACAAAGAUGAGGGAGCUGCUCCUACUGGUGUUGUAGAAACCACCUCAGAGGUUGCAGCUUACACCCAUCCAAACUUUCCAAAUGUUAUGUUAUGGGAUCUUCCUGGAAUCGGCACCACCAAGUUUCCAGCUGAUAAGUACCUGGAGCUUGUUGGAUUUGAGAAGUUUGACUUCUUCAUCAUCAUCUCAGACACUCGCUUCAGAGAAAAUGACGUGAAACUCGCUCAGGAGAUUCAGAGGAUGAAGAAAAAGUUCUACUUUGUUCGAUCAAAGAUUGACAACAACAUACGAGCUGAGAGAAGAAAGAGAGACUUCAGUGCAGAGGGGACUCUGACAAAAAUCAGAGACGACUGCAUUCAAGGUCUUCAGAGACAAGGCGUUGUGUCCCCACAGGUCUUCCUGGUGUCCAGCUUUGAGCUCCACCUGUACGACUUCUCUCUCUUACAUGAGACCUUAGAGAGAGAACUUCCUGCGCACAAGAGGGACACUCUAUUGUCCGUCAUGCCCAACAUCAGCCUGGAGAUCAUCAACAAGAAGAAAAAAGCUUUUCAGUCCAAAAUAAAAUACUACUCUAUUCUGUCUGCAGCUGUAGCAGGGGUUCCAGUUCCUCUGCUUUCUGCUGCUGUUGAUCUCGGCUUGAUGGUUGCAGUUGUUUCAAAAUAUGUAGCUGGGUUUGGUCUUAAUAAGUCAUCUCUGGAGAGACUGGCUGCCAGCUCAGGUGUUCCAUACACUGAUCUGAGCUCUGUCAUUAAAUCAAAACUUUCUGCAGAAAAAACAACCAUAGAACUCAUCCUGAAGUUGUUGGUCUCAGCUGCAACCAUAGUUGCAUCAAUGGCAGCAGAGGAAGCAACCAGAUGGAUUCCAGUAUUUGGGAUUGUAGCAUCAAUGAGCCUCUCAUUCAUCACAACCUACAAAGCUCUGAAUUAUUUCCUCAAUGAGCUUGCUGAUGAUGCUCAGAAAGUGUUUAACAAGGCUCUGGGUUGA